UUUUUGAGAUUAGAAUAUCCUUCCGGUAUAUAUUUCGAUAGCUAAGACGGAUUUUGCGAAAAUUUCAAGAGCUUUUCAACUAAAUUCAGUUGUCUUAACUUUGUCUCAUCGAUAUCAUCGAAGAGUUUACAAUAGGCAACGAUGGCCGUUGCCGGUUCGCGCGUCGAAGAAUUAAUCAAUUAUUUUAAGUCACAUAACAAGAUUCGAGAGCAACAGAGUCACUCGGCGAAGGUACACAGUGUGGGAUGGAGUUGUGACGGCAAAUAUCUGGCAUCGGGCUCCUUCGAUAAGUCCGUUUGCAUAUUCUCACUAUGCCCAGAUCGUUUGAAACAGGAAACGACUUUUAGAGGACACGGAGGUAGCGUAGAUCAACUAUGUUGGCAUGCUUUUUGUCCAGAAUUAUUAUCCACAGCGAGUGGAGAUAAAACUGUUCGCAUCUGGGACACAAGGACACAGAAAUGCACGGCAAACAUCAGUACUAGAGGAGAAAACAUUAAUAUAUCUUGGUCACCAGAUGGUAAUACAAUUGCAGUAGGAAACAAAGAAGACUUGGUCACAUUUAUUGAUGCUCGGGUGAUGAAAAUACGUGCUGAGGAGCAAUUCAACUUCGAGGUGAACGAAAUCUCAUGGAAUAAAGACUCGGAUACAUUUUACCUGACAAACGGUCAGGGUUGUGUACAUAUACUUAGUUAUCCAGAAUUAGAAUUAUUGCACGUGAUUAAAGCGCAUCCUGGUACAUGUAUUUGUAUCGAAUUUGAUCCAACUGGAAGAUACUUUGCUACCGGUUCAGCAGAUGCAUUGGUCUCCUUGUGGGACGCCGACGAGCUUUGUUGUUUGAGAACAUUUUCGCGACUAGAAUGGCCAGUCAGGACAAUCUCUUUCUCAUACGAUGGACAACUUCUAGCGGCGGCUUCUGAGGAUUUAGUCAUAGACAUUGGUGAAGUACAAACUGGUGAGAAGAUUACUGACGUCCCGGUAGAGGCAGCUACAUUUACUGUCGCAUGGCAUCCGAAACAGUAUCUCUUAGCUUACGCGUGCGACGAUAAAGAUACUUACGAUCGAAAGCGCGACGCUGGUAGUCUAAAAGUAUUUGGCUUCGCAAAUGAUUGAGUGAAUUAUUUGUAUAAAAUGAUAUGACUUAUUUGUAUUGAAUGUGUAUAUACUCUAGAAAUAUCUCAUUUUAUAAAUAUCUAUAAAUAAAUUUAAUAAUAUACACUU